AUGAAAAACUGUCCCCACCUGUCAACCCAAAAUUCAGCUGCAAUAGUCAUAUUCCCAAAUCAUAAACUUCGCACAACAGGCUCUGUUCAGUGGGAUCAUACUCGCGGUAAUUGUUGGAAGGGUUUGAGUUUUGUGAACGAUAAUAUCAUUAUGUCGACAAAACAUUUGCGGCGAUAUUUACAAGAAAAAAAGAUAAUUGGAGAGGAGAAAUCACCGGUCCGAAAAGAGGAGGAAGGCUUCGAAUCGGCAAGUGAAGAAGAAGGGUCGGGAGCAUUUGUAUGUAAUAGGUAUGAGUUCCUUGAAAAAUCUGGAGAAGGAAGCGAUGAAAGUUCAGGGUCAAUUGAAGAACUGUUGGUAGAGGAGAGAUCUGAAAAUAAGGAAAAAAAAAUAAUAAAGAAGAAAAAGAAAGAAAAGAAAGAAAAGAAAAAAGUGCAUUAUAUGAAUAUAAAUAAUCGUUUACGCAUCUUGAAAUUCCAUCGACGAAAACUUCGCCUUUCGAAACUCAAGGAUGAGAUGUUUGAAAAAGAUUUGUUUAAGAUUGAUAGUAGGAUGCUGAAUGUGGAGAAUGAGUUGCGCUCAAUCUUAGGUCGAAGAAGUACAGAUACAGUUCAACGUGGGCGAAUGAUUUUUGGCAAGAUAGUGAAAAAGAAACCAACUUGGCCAGAAGUUAAGAAUGUUGGUAAGACUUUUCAAAUUUAUUAUUGGAUAUGGCUUUCUGUUUUACCUGCUUAA